CCUCCCCCGGGGGUGUGACCUUGGCGGGGCCCCUCUGAGGGAGAGGCGGCGCGGGAGGCCGGGCUGAAGGGAGCGGCCGCGGAGGCCCCGCCGGGGGUUUCGGGGCCUAGUCCCUGGAGGAUAGUAGAUGACUGCGGAGGUGCUUUCACAAUGGGAGCGAUAGGAGGUGGCAUUUUCCAAGCUAUCAAGGGCUUCAGAAAUUCCCCAGUGGGUGUAAACCACCGGCUGCGAGGAAGUUUGACAGCUAUUAAAACAAGAGCUCCACAACUGGGAGGUAGCUUUGCUGUCUGGGGAGGUCUCUUCUCCAUGAUUGACUGCAGUAUGGUCAGAAUGAGAGGGAAAGAAGAUCCGUGGAAUUCAAUCACAAGCGGAGCCCUGACUGGAGCCAUAUUAGCUGCAAGAAAUGGACCUGUUGCCAUGGUCGGAUCUGCUGCGAUGGGAGGAAUUCUCCUAGCUUUAAUUGAAGGAGCUGGCAUUCUGCUGACCAGAUUUGCGUCCACACAGUUUCCAAAUGGCCCUCAGUUUUCAGAAGACCCCUCCCAGCUGCAGCCCUCUCCAUUUGGCGACUACAGACAAUACCAGUGAUUACCCUCAUUCUCCUGGUUCACCCCCUACCUGAGCUGUAACUGAAGAUGCUGGAGGGCCGAGAGGCGGUAUGUCUUUACACCAGUGGUAGUCUCUUACACAAACCAUGCCAGGAGGACCUUCAGCACUUCUCAGUGUAAAGCUGCACAGGAGAACUUUUAGAAGAUGACAAAUCUAUUUAUUCAUGAUAGAUUCCAUUGCUGUAAUGUUAAUACGUGUCUGGUAGAAUACAUGGAGAUUUAAGACAAGGACCAUGUGGAGUCUUGUCAUCCUUUGGACCUGGACUGAAGUGAAAGUCUGUGGAGGCUUCUCUGGGACCGCAGAGAAUGCAGCUGGAGUUUAGCCUCUUCCCCAUCGGAUUUAGGUUGCUACCCGUAUUUCAGCUUAAGGAAAAGAGUUCAUCUGCGUGCAGUUUUACAUGCCCAAAGCGAAUGUUAUUGGGAGAAUGUGCAAGCCAGUGAAAAUUACUUCCAGCAAUAGAUAUUUCAGUGCUGUUCUUUGUUUUCUCUGCUACCGCCGCGCAGCCUGAGUUCUUUGGUGAAAGCAGAAUCUGCCUCCUGCGGAGCCGCAGGCUGCCGCACGCCUCUGCCUUCCCCUACACCCGCCAGGCUUUCGGCCCCUCUAGCAAGAGGUGGCAGCAAGCUCAUUCUUCACGGCUGCUGCUGCUGCUCGCUGUGGCUUUCCCAGAGCUGUGGGGAGGCGUGUGUCGGAGCCCGGCGCGGAAGGCAGGCAGCCCCGCGGGGCGGGAGGUGAAGCACCGCACCUGCCCGCCUGCCGCCAGCGCAGCCGCCGCCUGCUUCACCUUGGCUCCGGCCCUAAGCACAAUCAAACCAUCCGCUCCAUGGUUUUGUUCUUAAACUCCAACUGUGGAGGCAUGUUGCCUUUUAAAAAAUCAUGUCCAGUGAGGUUUUCUGUUGUUAAUGCUGGUUAAUACUGUUGCUCGCUGGCGGUUCCUGAUAGAAUGUUCAUAUUCAAAAAGACUUGAGUAAUAUUAUCUGAGCCACGCCAUGGCUUUUCCUCUGCUCAGGAAGGAGCUUGAUCUCUGCACUCUGCCAGGAAGCUGUCAGCCCCAUGUAGUAGGAGGCGAGGGUGAAAAUAACACAGAGGUGGUCACAGUCAUUGGUGACAAACGGGGGAUUGGGCUUGUACAAGGCGUGCAUGUAAGUGCAGGAUCCUGACUGCCUCCUGUCACCCUGCAGAAGUGCUGUUUUCCUGCUUCCACCUCCCAGCCUGUCCUAGGACCACUCCAGGGUUGCUGGGGCUUGCCUCUCUGGUACCUUACAGUUUCAUAUAGUUGCUGCUGGUGUGUAAUUUUCAAAACCCUUAAGGACAAAAGCACUGUUUGUGUGAAGGCUCAUCUUGGUUUGACGCUUACCUUGGUUCCUCGGGUGUAUUUUAAAGAGAAUUUUCUUGAUUUGUCUCACUCA